UUAUUCUCCAUAAUAUUAUAUUCCCCUGGUCAUCUGCCAUUGCAAAAAAAAGUGAACCACCACCACCAUGUUCCACUAUACAACAAAAUCCAUUAAAUUUUCACACCCCCCAAUCCUACUUUUCCAACACUCUCUUCACAAAGUUUCAACCUUUAUGCUUCAAAUGGAAUCAAACUCCACCAUCCAACCCUAGAAUCACAAACCACCCAUAUCUUACCCAUGGCAUCAUUCACCACAACCCAUUACUUCAAAUCCUCAAUUUUCAUCCUUUUAUUCAUAAAAACCCUAUCUUUUGACCCAAUUCCAUUGUUUUCCUUUGUUGAUUUUGAAAAAGAUCUGAAAUUUAAGUCCAAUGUUGCUUUUUUUGGUAAUGCAAAAGUUGUCAAUGAUGAGUCCAGGAUUCAACUCUCUGAGACUGGGAGAGUGGUUUACAAGAAACCCAUCAAGCUUUUUCAAGGUAAACCUAAGCAAUUAGUUUCAUUUUCAACUUACUUUACAUUUUCAAUCUCAUUGGAAAGUGGAUUGGAAAGUGGGGGUGGUACUGGUUUAGCUUUUGUUAUGAUUCCAAAUGGUGUUAAAAGUGUUAAAGGUGAUGUUUUUAAUCAAACCUCAUCUGGGUUUUCUCUUGGAUUGGAAAAUAAUGAUUUUGAAGUUGUUGGGGUUGAGUUUAGUGUUUCAAGGGAUGGUAAAAAUGAGAUUUUGAUUAGAAAUGGUGUUUCAAGUAAGAUCUAUGUUACCAAUUUGGGACUAACAAGUGGUGAAAAGAUGCAUACUUGGAUUGAUUAUGAAGCAAGUUCAAUGAGAUUAGAAGUGAGAUUGAGUAAAAAUGGGAAUUCUAAGCCACUUGAUCCAUUGUUAUGGGACAAAAUUGAAGUAUCUAAUGUGUUGAAGAAGGAAGAGAUGUUUGUAGGUUUUAGUCCUGUGAAAGAGAGUAAUGCUUUUUUGUACUCAUGGAGCUUUGUUGUGAGGAAUUUUCCACCACAUUCAAUGCAUUCAGAGCCACUUGAUCCUAAGGUUUUUGUGAAAAACAGUGAGAUUCCAAUGGUUGUUGAAGCAAAGGGAAAGGGAAAGGGAAAGAGUGAUUGUUUUUUGAGAGUUCUUGCUGCAAUGAUAUUUGGUACUGGUUGUGGAGCUUUGACAGCAUUCACUGUGCUUUAUUUGUGGACAAUCUUUGGCAAUAAACGCGGCGCGGUGGUUCCGGAAGGAUGUGUUAUGCAAGGUUUGGAUGGUGAUUAUAGGAAAGUUAAAAUUGUUGUAGAUAGUAAAACCAUUGGAGAUGGUAAUAAGUAAGAUCUUGUGAGAAUGAAUUGUCUUGUUGGAAAAUUGGUGUUUGUAUAUUUAGUGUUUCUUGUACUUAAUAGGUUUUGAUCUGUUGUAUGAUGAUUCAUAAUCUAUGUUUUUUUGUUACAUUGUCUAUUGUUUGUCAAAUUGAGAUUGAAAUUCAACUUUAUUAAA